ACAGUUACUAAACCACUGAACAAAGUCCAGGCAGUAGGAAAAAGUAAAAGUUCAGGGGAAAGGAUGGCUCCCUUAGCUCGUAGCAUAUUGGUGACCGGUUCCAAUCGGGGAAUCGGACUUGAACUGAUCCAACAACUGGUGGAGAUGGCUGAGCCUCCAGAACAUAUCUUUGCAACUUGCCGGACCCCAACUGGAUCUCCAGGGAAGACCUUGAAUGAUCUCGCUAGCAAGCAUUCCAACAUUCACAUCAUCCAGCUGGAGGUGGAGGAUCAAUCCAGUGUGAAGGCAGCUGCUUCGGCGGUUGAGUUGCUUCUACAUGGUAAAGGCUUAAACCUGCUGAUCAAUAAUGCCGGUGUGAACUCCUAUGCCACUCUGGAAACUGUGGAGCAGCAAGAGAUGCUGUCUGCUUUCAACACCAAUGUAGUAGGGCCCAUCCUUGUGGUUAAGGAAUUUCUACCUCUGCUGAAGAAAGCAGCUCGAGAGGCAGCUAUAGCGGAGAUGAGCUGCCAGAGGGCAGCCAUCAUAAAUAUAACCUCCAAGUUGGCCUCCAUUGAAAGGGGCUUUGAAGUCAUGAAGGCACCGAUGUACCCUUAUCGUGCAAGCAAGGCUGCUUUGAACAUGGUGACGGUCUGCUUCGCUUUGGAACUAAAAGAGGAAGGGAUCUUGUGUAGUCUAAUCCAUCCCGGCUGGGUGAAAACAGACAUGGGAACACAGCAGGCUCCUGUGACUGUGCAGAACAGUGUGCGAGGCAUCCUCAAUGUGCUGGCGAAUUUAUCAUCGGCCUCCAAUGGGGCCUUUCUCGACUGGGAAGGCAACACACUCCCUUGGUGAGAUAUGCUUGUCCUAUCCACCAAGAAGAAAAGGUGUUGGGUAUAUUGAUCUUUUUAAAAAUUGUAUUUUUGUAGCACUGUUGUGUUUUUUGUGUUUGUAUCAUGUAUGGUUUAUAAUGCAUUUGCUGUAAGUUACCAGGGUAGUUCUGAUUUUGAUGGUAUAGAAAUAUGUUUAAUCAACCAACCAACCAACCAACCAACCAACCAACCAACCAACCAUCCACCCACCCAUCCAUCCAUCCAUCCAUCCAUCCAUCCAACCAACCAACCAACCAUCCAACCAACCAACCAACUAUUCAACCAACCAACUGUCCAACCACCAACCAAUCAAUCAAGAUGGAAAUUUUCACUAGGGAGUGACCUCCAACUUUUAACUUGUUUGUAUUGUAGAUAAAGUCCUUGGCUGGAAUUAAUUUCAAUUCUAAAUUAGUUGUGGGUCUGUCAUCAUAAAUUUGAUUUACCUCUGCUGGAAAUCAUGCCACAUAAAGUAUUCUCCAGCUCUUUUCUGUGAUUCUUAUUUGCUAUAUUGUUAUUAUACUUGGUUGCAUAAUCUGCCAAAUGUUUAGACUGGAUUUGGCAUUUUUGUCUACCUAUCGAGCUUUUCUCAAGGACUUGAGAUAGGCAGAUGUUGUUUGAUGGUGUUAGAGGUUGCCAUGGGAUGUAAAUAAGUAAAACUGCCUUUGCAAUUGACAGAUGAUUUUGUCAAUGUUGAUGGUGUUCAAGUGAUGUUCCAGAUGUUUUGGAACUGAACC